AAGAACGUGGUUACAAUUCACUUGUCAACGUAAUAAAGUUAAUCCAUUAUUCUAAGCUUCGCUUAUUCCUAGUAAACUCAUUGAAGGCAAGAAAUUUCGUUGCCUCAUCAACAUGCAAUCACAACAUUAGCAAUCAACUAAUUUUAAGUCACGGAAAUUAUUGUUAUCCAGUGAGCUGCGACGUGACAAUCAUCGCUGACCGUGCGACUGCAAUAUCGUUUAUUGUGUGUACGUACACUCGUAAGCGCGAGCUCUUGCAAUGACGCACUUACACGGUGUUAAAAAGGAAGAAAUUUAGUGUGUCGGUCUAAAUGAUAAAAAUGAUCGAACUGCACAAUUCAUCCUUCAUUUCACAUUGAAAUAAGUGACAAUAUUGUUGAAUGCACAGUUAUAAUAAUGACAACGCCUAUGUGUGAGGAUGGUGGACCAUUGAGAGAAUGGGCGCCACUUUCUAUUCUAUUGCAACAGAUACCUGCGAAAAAACAAAAUGGGAUUUUUAUGCAAGAUAUCAGUUUUACCUGUAUUGCUGUCUUACCUGAGUUUAUUGCUAUUGGAACUAACCAUGGGUUAAUUUAUUGGUAUAACAGAGAAAAGCAGGAUCUUCAAAGAUUACGUUGUGAGAAUGCAAACUCCAAAGUUACGUGUAUAAAAGUGAUAUCUACGGUUGAUUACAUGAUUGCGGCUGGUAACGAGCAAGGCGUCAUUACGAUCUUUCAAAUCCCAAAGAGUCCACCAGAUUCAUUACCAGAGACUUUAAAACCAAAGCAGAAGAAACAAGUGGAGAGGUACAGUAUAAGCGGACUGCACAAUACUACGCUAACGGCAGUAGAAUGGUCGAAAAAUGGCAUGAAAUUAUUUAGUGGAGAUAAAGAUGGCCUAGUGGUAUUAACAGAAAUUGAUUUUUAUAUGCAUCUGUCGAAAUCGUCCAAAUUGUUGAAUGAAAAAUAUCCUAUAAUACAAUUGAGCUACCAGCAAGGUCUAUUAUUAGUGUCCACUACAUUGCGUACAAUUUUGGUGAAUAGAAAUGAGAAUGGAAAAGUGACGCAAGUCGGCCAGAAAGAGCGUAAAACAUUAGGAAAAUUGGGCGCGAUAUUUGGUUCUCGACAAAAUUAUGCACAAGAGCCAGUAAUUUAUGCAAGUAGACCAGGAUUGCGUUUAUGGCAAGCUGAUAAAGCUGGGAUUGUGCUAAAAACGCUCAUAUUUAAGGACGCAGUUCGAUCGAGUCACACAGAAGUAGCGUUGUUAAAUCCUGCGCCUGAGGGGUCAAAAAAGAAUCGUGGAGAGCCUUCAUUCGGCAUUGUAUUACCAUUUUGUGAUGAUUUAUUAGUAACAUACUGUGAUGACGUAGUCUACGUAGUAAAUCCGAAUACUAUUGCUAUAACGUCGAUCGUGAAUGAUUUACGACACGUUACUGACGUGUCUUGCACUAAAGAUGAAAUAUUUAUAUUGGAAGGAGAGAGAAAUAUUUUACGUAUAGCUUAUUACCCUGAAAAUAAUACUUUUGUAUCCGGAGAAACAAAAAUUGCAUUGGAUCCUUUGUCAUCAUUCGCUGAAUAUAGUAAACCUGUUACCGAUGGUAUAUUAGAAUUGACUUGGAAAUUAAAAGAAAAUAGCAUAGUACCAGCUAUUCCUUUUGCCAAAAUUAGUCCAACGAACAUUAUUCAGUCUGUGGGCAUUGUACCAACUGUUACUGUCGGUACCGAUGUCGAUAUAACAAAUGCCGAAGAAGCUGUAGAAAUACCACCGAUAGUCCCAAUAAAUUUGAGCACUCCACUUAUAACGGACAUUAAUAAAAUACCAGAACAUAACGAUACCAGCGAAAGAAAAAAGGCGGAAGAAGCAAGAAAUAAUGAUCGUCGAGAGAUAUUCCAACGAAUUGGACAACAAGAAUUUGAGGACGUUGUUUUUACGCCUGAGAAAAGGCAGAAGAAAUCUCGAAGUAGAACAGCGAACGGAAACGAAGAUGCAUUAUCGUCCAGUAAUACCGACUAUUUAUCAAGUAAUUUGGACGUUAAUCAUGCAAACAUUAGUAAAACCACAACAACUCGUUCCUCCAUAAUGCAACUGAGUUUUGAUGACGAUUUUAUUUUGAAGUCAGAUCGAGAUCUAGAAACGAUACAACGAGACGUAGAAAAUAAAGAGAGACUGUUAGCGGAUGUUCUUGAUUUCGAUUUGUCCAAAUAUAUGACGAGCAAUCGAACGGAUAAAGAUCAUACAGACGCCAUAACGAGCAUUAAUUGUAACGUACAUUCCAGUAAUAUAGUUAACGAAGAACAGAAUACUCGUACAGACAACGACAGUGAACAGAACGAUUGUGCAGAAAUCGAAUCGGGAGAGGAAGAUGUCAGCUAUCGCACCGAAUUACAGCGAUUGGAAGAUCUCGGGGAAUGCAGAAAAAUUUUGUUGCAGAAUAAAUUGGACGAUGUACCGCUGAUUAGUGAUAAUUCUGUUGAUAUUCGACAAGUACCGGCGAUCGAUCGGGACGAGUUGGAACACCAAUUCAACACUUUGGCAAAAGAAUGUGCUACAAGUGCAAUUCUUGAAGAAGAAGAAGAUUGGGUCUUGGUCAAAGAAGAUAUACCAUCAAUCACAAUGUUUUAAGAAAACUUGUACAGAAAUUGCCUCCAACACGUAUACACGUGUAUCUUUCCACAAGCAAAUUGUUAAAAAAAAUAAUAGUUAAAUACUCAUGUGACGUGACAACAAUAACUUUGUUAAACUUUCAUUUCUCUGGCCGUUAUCAAACCCCGAUAAUAUAUAAAUUAUUGAACAAAAUAGGAAUACAUACACACGCACAUGUACUCAUCCAUUCUACUGCGCGCGCGCACACAUACACACACACACACACAUUCAUACUUUGAAUUCAAUCAUGGGUAUUAUAUAUAUAAAAUUAAACACGUUGACAAAUUAUGAUUAUACAUAAUCAUAAUAUAUGCAUUUCUGAAGAUGUGCAAUUGAUAAUCUUCACAAAAUAGAGAAAAUUAUAUUCUAAAGUAAAAUUUUGCAAAAAAAGUACUAGUCAUUACUACAAUCUUAUCUUUUAGCGAUUAAUGUUGUUAUGUUUCUAAUUAACAGAUGAGAUAUUUUACAAAUUAAAUAAAAUAUAAACUUAUUAAA